AUGCUGCUUUCACCUNUUGGCUCGCCUCGGCGGCUGGCACUGCUGACCGUCCUCGUCUUCCUUGCCCUUGUCGUACUCGUGCGCAAUUCGACAUAUUCCGAAUAUCUCCCUAAAUACGACCUCCCAUCAUUCACCAACGGCAAAGUCCCACAAGACACAUCAACCGGCAGCAGUAGCUUCAAGGAAGACUCGUCACAGAGCGACCUUUGGCAAGAGUACAAGCCCGACCAGGACAAGGUCAGCCCAUUGGCGCCUCCACCACCCAAGGAGGAAGAGUACGAAGAGAAGAUCGAAGUCACAAGCAUUCCCACCUCGUCCUCGCAUUCGUCUACCAAGUCUUCGUCGACAUCUGUCAGCGCCUCUGGUUCAAAGACGGCCUUGACUGCCAAAAUCACACCCUUCGUACAUGCAUCGUACAAGGAGUUGCAAGCAAAGAUCCAAGAAUUCAUCCAGUGGGACCGCCCGAACAAGGGUGACCAUUGGCCUGGCUACGGCGACUAUGUCGACAAGGACUAUGAUCCGAAUCGCUGGGAGGGUCUCCCCAUGUACUCCAACGGCAUCAAGCAGCUCCAGAACAUAGGCGUCAACGCUACCGUAUACAACCCCUACCCCGACUAUAACUCGUCCGAAUACAAGAAGCGAUGGGCAGGCGAGUACGCUUCCUGCAAUGGCCCUCGCGGUCAAACACUAGACAAGAGCCCGGAAGACCUGGUCAAGGCCUGGUCACAACUCCCACAAAACUUUCCCAACAUCAGUGUUGGCUCCGAUUUGGGCAUCGACAUCCAUUCUUGCUUUGACCGCGAGUCACGCUACGCUCCUUACGACAGCACCUCCAAGAAUGCCCCUGAGUGGGAGACGGUCAAAUGGGGCGAGCUCCAGAACGACUGUUUGAGCAAGAACAAGGAGAGAUAUGGCGAGCAUCAGCGCAAGUCGAUGCAACUCAGACCGAGCAGGACUAUGCCCAAGGAGGAAUCCUCCGAGAAGGCCCAAUCUACGACCGGUCCCAAGCCCCACCACCGCACCGCUAUCUUGAUCCGCACUUGGGAAGGAUACACAUACACCGAGAACGAUCUCCAAGCCAUCCGAUCCCUGGUUACCGAGACCUCUCUUCUCAGUGGUGGAGAGUACCAAGUCUACCUCUUUGUCAACGUCAAGCAACGUGAUGCCGACAUCUACGACAACGAAGAGACUUACAACAGUAUCUUGCACCAAGUCGUCCCUGCUGAACUCCGCGACAUCUCCGUCCUCUGGACCGAAAAGGUGUGCGAAGAGUGGUACCCCAAGGUUGGCGACUGGCAAGUCUACUGGAUGCAAUUCAUGCCUCUGCAAUGGUUCUCCAAGACUCAUCCUGAGUUCGACUACAUCUGGAAUUGGGAGACAGAUGCGAGAUACACCGGAAACCCUUAUCACUUCCUCGAGCAGGUUAGCUACUUUGCUCAANAAAUGCCGAGAAAGCAUCUCUGGGAGAGAAACGCUCGUUUCUAUCUUCCUGAAGCCCACGGGGAUUUUCAAUCUUACCUCGCGGAUACUGAUGGAGCAAUCAUUAAUGCAACAGAGCGAGGCAUUAUGACCCCUGUUUGGGGUGCUCAACCAUAUGCUGCGACGCAGAUUCCUCUCGGUCCAACACCACCUCACAAACAAGAAGACGACAAUUUCUCUUGGGGCGUGGAUGAACAGGCUGACUUGAUCACCCUUCAACCAAUCUGGGACCCCAACGACACCCAGUGGUCCUACCGCCACAAAAUCUGGAACUUCAUUCCUGGCGUGCGUCCUAUCUUUACAGCCGAGAACGGAGCAGCCGAAGGCUUCUACCAUGAAGGCUUUGAAAAGAUUUCUAGACGCGUCUUCAUUAAUACCCUAGCUCGCUUCAGCAAGAAAAUGCUGCACGCCAUGCACUCAGAAAACCUCGAGGGUCGCUCCAUGCAAGCCGAAAUGUGGCCCGCGACCGUCGCUCUUCAUCACGGCUUGAAAGCCGUCUACGCACCUCACCCAAUCUGGUCUUCGCACCACUGGCCUGCGUGGUAUGCAGACGCUGUUUUCAACGCCGAUUUUGGCAUCCCUGCUCGCUGGUCUCAACAGUUUGACUCGGCGUACGCCCACGACCGCGAAGUCAACUUCAAGACAUGGUCUUGGUAUUAUUCGACCGACUUCCCGAAAACGCUGUUCUGGCGCUGGUUGGGCUGGGAAGCUGAAGAUACCGGUCUGGGCAACUGGGGUGGCAAGCAAGACGAGGAAGAAGGUAAAGAUAUCAGAGGGAUUGGCAUGGUGGGAGGAAAUGGCAAGAUGUGUCUGCCUGGUAUGUUGUUGCAUCCUGUCAAGAAGGUCUCGAAGCCUCAAGGACAGAGUUAG